UAUGUGAUACUCUUUCUUGAAUGAAUCGAACUGAGCUUCUCACUUCCAUCCAGGAAUGUCGAUCGCUCUCUGACGCAGCUAGAGUCCUUCGCUGGAUCCAAUCCAGCAGUAGUAUCAAGUCGAAGGAUCUCUUUGUGUGGAACAAGCUGAUCGAAAUGUAUGGGAGGUGUGGGAGUCCAGAUAAAUCAGAAGAGAUUUUCCAUAGCAUGGUGGAAUGGGAUUGUUUUUCGUGGGUUCUCUUGCUUUCUUCCUUUGCCAAGAACGGAUCCCUCCAAGCAUCAAGAGCGGUGUUUGAUGCGAUGCCGGAGAAAAACCUUAUUGCGUGGAGCUCGAUGUUCGGAGCAUAUGCCCAGUCUGGGCAUCUUGAGGAAGCGAAACAACUCUUCGAUGCAAUGCCGGAGAGGGAUCUCGUUUCAUGCACUAACAUGAUGCGACUUUACGCAGGAGCUAUGAUCUUGGAAGAGAUCGAAUCUAUUUUUUCUGAAAUGCCCGCGCCGGACAUUGUGUCGUGGAACUGUAUGCUUUUUGCAUAUGCCCAAACUGGGUAUCUAGAUAGAUCCCAGGAAGUUUUCCAAGAAAUGCCCUUGCAAGAUCUGACUACUUGGAAUUCGAUGUUGUCCGCGUUUUCACAAAGUGGAUGCGCGGAAGAUGCUAAAAGGACAUUUGAUGAAAUGCCCGAAAGGGACUUAGUUUCCUGGAAUUCGAUGCUGUCGGCAUAUGCAUUUAACGGGCAUCUUGCUGAUGCCGAGAAUCUGUUUAAUCAGAUGCCGCACCGUGACAUAGUAUCUUGGAAUGGUUUAAUCUCCGCGUUUAUCCACAGUGGGAAAUUCCACGAAGCGAUCCUGGCAUUUGAAACGAUGCCUCAGCACAACAUGGUGACGUGGAGUUUACUGCUCCAUGCAUAUUCCCAUAUAGGGCAAGUGCGGGAGGCAGAGUUUCACUUUGCAGUUAUGCCUGAGAGGAAUAUGCUAUGCUGGACGGCAAUGCUCACGGCAUACGUUGUUGCCGAGCAGCUCGAUCGGGCCAUUGAUUUGUUCAAUGCGAUGCCACAACACAGCCACGUGGCACUUACGAUCAUGCUGACUGGAUAUGCCCAAGUGGGGGAUAUCACAAUGGCUGAGAAUCUCUACAGCCAAAUGCCAGAGAUUGAUAGCGUGGCGUGCAGCUCGAUCCUAACGGCUUACUCCACAAAUGGCUACACAGAGAAUGCCAAGUGUGUGUUUGACAAUAUGCGUUAUAAAACUUUGGCUUGCUGGAAUUCCAUGGUUUCUUGCUAUGCCCUGAAUGGGCAUUUUCUGGAUGCUCUAAAGCUUUACCAAGGAAUGCCAGAAAGAGACCAAGUGUCUCUAAAUGUAAUAUUAAGUGGUUAUUGUCGCGCUAUGAAUAUUAGCGAGGCCAAAGAGAUGUUCUGGACUAUGAGAGAAAGGGAUCUAAUUUCUUGGACCACGAUCAUGGCUGCUUAUGCCGAGUCAGGGCAUCUGGACGAAGCAAAGGACUUGUUCGAUAAAAUGCCAGAGCGAGGGGCGAUCUCGUGGAGCGCGCUGCUCGCCGGGCACGCGCAGGCUGGGAAUCACUCCACGGCAAUGGAGAUCUUCAGCGAGAUGAAAGCUCUCUUCCAGCCCGAGCGAUCGAGCUUUGCAUCGAUCCUCCUGGGCUGCAGCCAUUUAGGCAGGGCCUACAGCGCCAGGAGCUGCUUCGUCUCCAUGGCCAUGGAUUUCGGAUUGGAGGCGACCAAGCAGCAUUUCUGCUGCAUCAUCGAUGCCCUGGGCCGCGCGGGGCAUCUGGGCGCCGCCGAGGAGCUCAUCGCAACCAUGCCCUUCGCCGCCGGUACCCUAGAGUGGAAAUCCCUGCUCGCGGCGUGUAGGAGCCAGUCCAAUCGCGAUCGCGGGGCAAAUGCCGCGAGGAGCAUCGUGGGAAUCAAUCCAAUGGAGCCUGCCCUUUUAAAUGUGGAAUAUCCUUGUUAGCCGUAAAUGUGAAACAGGUUUGAUA